AUGAUGGAUACGCCUCUCGUCGGAUCCUCUAAAGACCUGUUUUUCAACACAAUUGGCGGCUAUCCGUCGAUGGGAUCUGAUUUUAGUUCGGAUUUUGGCACAGAUUCAAAAAUCUCAUUAUCUAUAGUGGACCUGAACCCCCAUUCUCCUCCUGUUCUGGUCAAUGCCGAAGAAUAUUUAAAGAUAUCUAAGCUUCGACAAAAAGUAAUUGAUCGACAAGCUACACGAUUAUUCCCAUUGGAUGACUGGUUCAUCAGUGGUAUGGAAGAGAGGCUUAUUCGGUGGAGACCUCCACAGUCUCAAGCCACAGACAUCACCAAACAUCCAUAUUUAUCUACUAUUUCUAAGCAAGGGAAACUUACAACUAGUGAAGAUGAUUCCCCGGAGGUUCAGGAUUUGCAGCAGCCAUCUUACCCAAGUACAAUGAAUACCAAGGAUCUAAUACGUAACUGUCAGUUACAGAGUUCUCUAUCGCCAUUGAGCGCCAUGCAUACCUCAGGCUCCGUUUAUACUGCCCCAGAGUUAGCAGUUUUGCAAAAGUUAGAAGAAACAUCGCAUCACUCUCCACAAGUAUCUCCCUGGGCAUGGUUUACCAAUUAUAUUUACUACAUUUUUUGCUGCAAUGGUAUCUUGCUGGAAGAUGAGACUGAUUACGACUAUUACUUUGAAGAAGUGACUAACGAGAGCAGUUAG